AUACAAACAGAGGAACACAGGCCGCCUCUUCUGUUCACCACCGUGGAUGCGCCGUCCAUCGGUCAGAUUUUCGGCUCAACACCGCCUUCUUCAGGGCCGGCGAUCACACUCUUUUGCCUCUGUUAAAUGCUCUCUUCUCUCUCUUCUUGCUAUUACAUGUCUUCUGUCAUUGACAUUUCUUCAUACACCUUCUGCGCUUUCGUUCCCACUCAAAUCCUACUGAAUUUUCGAUUUUUUCCCCUAGGGUUUUUGUAUACUUCUUUGAUACUACUCGUAUUAAUAAACAAACCACUUUGAAUUUGACACGGCAACCGCAUCAUGGCUGAUCAAUCUCAGGUACUGUUAUUCGGGUCAUUUUCUGAAGAUGAAGUCAAAUCAUGGUUUGAUAAGCCAACUGGAAAUGUGAAAAAUCCUGUGAAAGAGGAAGCUUUAGAUCUUGACUCAUUAAAGAUAUCAAGUGCAAUAUCUUUUGGCAGCUUCAAUGAUGAAUCAUACAAGAAUAUGGACUCUUCCAAGGGGUCUAAUUGCAACCCAACUAGCAUUUCUAAGAAUGGGACAAGUAGCCAUAGUGAAGCAAUCGAGAAUCAUAAGCCAAAAGCUUUACUACAUCCUAAAGAAAAUGGAAGACUAUUUGAUAAUGGUAACAUGAAGCUCAAACCGGUUGAAAACAUUAACUUUUGUUCAUCACACAUACCCUCGAAAAAUGUCCCUACUUCUGUAGUGGAAAACGAGUUUCAAACCGUAGUGAGUGUGAAGGAAGAAAAGUUGGUUGACACUGUUGAUGGCCAUCUUGCAGUGGAUUCAGGGACAUACUUACUACCUCGUGGGUUAAUCAACUCAGGGAACACAUGCUUUCUCAAUGCCACUCUACAAGCUCUUUUGUCAUGUUCUGCGGUUGUUCAGCUCUUCCAGGGAUUAAAAACCCAUGAUAUUCACAAGACGGGCUAUCCUACAUUAGCUGCUAUUGUGGAAUUUAUUUCUGAAUUCAAGAUGCCUGCUGGUGCAAGCUCAAAGGACAUGAACCAUAUGCAAGUGGGUAGACCUUUUAGCCCAGCCAUGUUUGAAGUGGUUCUGAAGAAUUUUACUCCUGAUGUUCCUAGUAGCAUCUCAGGAAGGCCCAGGCAAGAAGAUGCGCAGGAGUUCCUAAGUUUCAUCAUGCAUCAGAUGCAUGAUGAAUUACUAAAGCUUGAAGGACAAUCUUCAAGUGCAAGUGGCAAUGGGUCAUCACUUGUUUCAUCCAUAGAAGAUGAUGAUUGGGAGACUGUUGGUCCUAAAAACAAGUCUGCAGUAACAAGAACACAAAACUUUGCUCCUUCAGAGCUGAGUGCAAUUUUUGGAGGGCAAUUGAGAAGUGUCGUGAAAGCAAGAGGAAAUAAAGCCUCUGCGACGGUUCAACCGUUUCUUUUGCUCCAUCUUGAUAUAUCUCAUGAAGCUGUUUCUACCAUUGAAGACGCUCUUCGGCUAUAUUCUAUGCCAGAAACACUUGACGAGUAUCGAACAACAUCCGGAAAGGCUGGAGUUGUGACGGCCAGAAAAUCUGUGAACCUACUAACACUUCCGAAGAUAAUGAUAUUGCACCUGAAGCGCUUUGGCUAUGGAACUAAUGGAAGUACAAAAUUGCACAAAUCUGUACGCUUCCCACUUGAACUGGUACUCAGUCGUGACUUGCUUGUUUCACCGGCAACAGAGGGGGGUCGGAAGUAUGCACUUAUUUCUUCAGUAACACACCACGGAAGAGAAGCCUCUAAAGGCCAUUACACUGCUGAUGCUUGUUAUCCUAGUGACCAGUGGUUCCGUUUUGACGAUGCUUCCGUGACUGCAAUUGGCACAAACAAGGUUUUACAUGACCAGGCUUAUAUCCUCUUCUACAGAAAAGUGUAAAAAUGGAGCACAAACUUCAUUCCUACAUACGUGUGCCACUCCAACGCAACAAGGUAACACAUUAGAUGUUAAUCAUGGCCGCCAACUCAUCACACACAGGGUUGCCAGAGUGGCAAGAGUUUAUUAUAUGCCCUCCAUUGUUGCCGGAAAGGUGGGGUCAUCGGAAUUUGUGGUUUCUUUGAGGAUGGUCGAGUUUGAUUGAUUAUGAUUGCUAAGCUAGCAUGAAAGAUGGUUCUGUGUCUGAGGUGAGGUGUAGUGUUUAUCUUGUAUGUAGAAUAUUUUUGAUGUACAUCCUUUUCAUCAAGGAGGUUUUAAUUAUUUGACACUAUUUACACGUGUUUGUUGCACC